AUGGCAUUCACCCACCAUGGGGAUCUGCCAUAUCUUCCCCAGGAGUUGUUUCAGAUGAUCGUCCGCGACCUCGAGCCUGUGGAUAUUGUGCGAUGUCGUCGUGUGUCCUCAGCAUGGUAUCGAGCCUUUACAAACCCAAUCAGCCUGAUUCAAAUCCUGAAAAGCAGCUAUCCCCGGGCAAAAGAAGUCAGGGAACUAUGCCAACCCGACACGCCGAAUGCACUGCAAACAGUACACGGUCUGUCCCAGGACAAAUGGCGAGCCCUCUUUGACACCGUUGUGGAGCGAUAUCAUCGGUUGACAUCUUGUGGCAAACCCCGUUCGGUGCAGAAAUUCGAUCUACAAGAAACUAAUACCGCCGAGAAUGGCUGUUGCUACGUCGCCGUAGAGCAUUGGGAAACUCAUACCAGCCAUCCCGGGACUAAGAUUGACAUGUUGUUUGGCCACACAUUCUGGACGUAUGAAGAAGGGCUUGUUGUUUUCCCAGACAAGCAUGAAAGGAGUCUGGUUGUUCUAGACCUGGAAACGCGACUGACUUACAUGGUUCCUUUCGUUAUAGCGAACAAGAACAUCCGAAGGAUUCGCCUACAAGAUAGACUGCUAGUGGUUGAAUGGGCAGAUGAAGACCAACCUGAUAUGUGGUCGGGCUGUGGAUGGUAUUACCAUUAUGCUACAUCCUUCGAGAUCAACAGGGUUGGACGAGCCUGGGACGUUACCUUGCGUAACGAAUGGGAGAUGAUCCCCAAUGGACUUUCCUUGGGCUAUUCUGAUCGAUUUUUCUCAACCCACAAUCGCAGGCAUUAUGCAAUUUACACAUCCCUAGACUCCCACACAGCGCACCGCCUGACCAUUUGGGACAUUUCCAAGCCUUCCGAAUAUAGACCGUCUCAAGAUUGCAUGAACCAAUUAGAGGACACAGCUACAGACGCAGAGCCAUUUAUCGUCUUUGAAUACGACUACGAUGCACUGGACCUCAUGGGCCUCCGCAUGUCAAGACAAGGUGAAUGGCACAUAGAGAUUAUGAGGAUGGACAUCGACAGCAGCACGUCUACCGUCUCUAUAACACAGGUGAUGGAUGGCGGACGAAUGGACUACAACCCGCUGGAAUACACGCCUAGAACGAAGGUUACUUGCCUUCCAUUCCGUCCAGGUUGUUCUCCUUUGCAAGAGGUCCAGACAGUCUAUCCCCAAACAGUUUACCCCCCAUACCGAGGCAAUUGCAGCAUGGAAAUCCCCCCCUGGACAGCCACGUCACCAUGGCCAUGCUACUGGGGUAUUUGCGAAAGUACCGACGAGAAGGCCAAUGUAUCCUUCUGUCUUUCAUAUCUAUCCUCUAGAACCCAGACAGGCUACGAAGAAGAUCCACUGAUGGUGACAAUCCAGACAUCCCAAUCGAUCAAGACACUGAAUCAUGAAUUUGCCGAAGAGGUUUCUUUCAAGGGAAAGAUAUGUGGUGAUGAGCGGUUUCUUGUCGGUGAGAAUGCGCAAAAUCAGCUGGUGGUUCUGUAUUUCUAG